UAUGAGCGGUCACACUGCGGAGGUCUGUACUGUAAGAGCGGUCACACUGCGGAGGUCUGUACUGUAAGAGCGGUCACACUGCAGAGGUCUGUACUGUACAUAGUACUGUGCGUAGUGGAUUCUGAUGAUGGGAGUAGUGGGCUGUGCGUAGUGGAUUCUGAUGAUGGGAGUAGUGGGUGUAGCAGAUGAUGCGACUGCUUUCAGAUUGGUUCACGUCUCUCAGCUGAUGCUCAGUGUUGGGUGCGGCUGCUUCAUGCUGGAUUCAUCCUGAAGGGUUGCUGAACCUUCCUCAGUCCAGCGCUUCCUGGGGGGCAAUGAGCGGAGACCGUGAUCUGUGUUGUCAGUAUCGCAUCGGAUUCCCAGGGGCCACGGAACCAACUCCAAGUCUGAAGGGCCCAUUCAAGCGCGACUACCUGGUGGAUGCAGCCAAGCAGCUGCACGUGGCGCAGGAGCGAGAUGCCAACGAGGAGUAUGAAGCGGCCUUCAGCCAUUACAAGCACGGGGUGGAGCUGCUCCUGAGUGGGGUGACAGUGGACCCGAGCAAAGAGAGGCGCGAGGCAGUGAAACGCAAGAUCUCACAGUACUUGAAACGAGCUGAAGAAAUCUUCAACUGCCACCUGCAAAGGCCUGUGGGAAAUGUGACUGGUGCAGCAGAGGGUUACAGCAGCCUCAGAUUCCGCCCCAUCCGCGUCCUGAGCGCUGCAGUGGAGAACCUGAAAGGCUGCCGAGUCCUAGAGAUCAUUGAUAAGGUGCAGCUGGUGUAUGACCCGACCUCAAGGACAAGGUUUAUUCUUAAGUCUCUGAUGAAGUCUGGUCGUUGUGGCCACGGAGCAGUCACGGUUAUUCCUCAGGGCGUGCCCUUCAUGGUGCAGCUGCAGAAGUUUUACGUUGGCGAGGACUCCCUGUAUCUGCGGCUGCAGCACGUUCCAGGAGGACGUCUGUGGGGACAUCUCCAGAAAUACCAGGUUCCCAUCAGUCGCUGCAGCUCUUCACAUGACCCGGUCCAGGGGGUGCCGGAGGCACAGGUCAGACUUUGGGGUGCCCAGCUGACCUUGGCACUGGACUCUCUUCACCAGGAGGGGGUUCUGUGCAGAGAUCUGAAUCCCCGCAAUGUGCUCCUGGGAGACACUGGGGACGUGCUCCUGACAUACUUUGGCCAGUGGCGAGAGGUUGAUCAUGUCUGUUGUCCCGAGGCUGUGGAGCAGCUGUACGUGGCACCAGAGGUCCUGGGGGUGGCUGCAGUGGACGAGGCCUGUGACUGGUGGAGCCUAGGGGUGCUCCUCUACGAGAUGAUGACCGGACAGCCCCUCUACAAGAGCCUGAUGUCAGGGGUCAGCAGUCAGAUGGAGGUCCCCUUCCCAGAACAGCUCAGUGCGGACGCAGUGUCUCUGCUGGGAGCGCUGCUCAUUUAUGAUCCAGAGAAACGGCUCGGCUCUGGUCCUGGAGGAGCACAAAGGAUCAAGUCCCACCCGUUCUUCAGUGACAUCCACUGGGGCAAACUGCUCUGAGGGGUGGAGGCCAUGGGGCUGCCGGGGGUCACCCACCACGGGCCACACAAUGCACAAAACCACAGCCAGUCACCGCACAGUCCCCGAUGUGAUGUCACAGUUACCGGACAGUCCCCGAUGUGAUGUCACAGUUACCGGACAGUCCCCGAUGUGAUGUCACAGUUACCGCACAGUCCCCGAUGUGAUGUCACAGUUACCGCACAGUCCCCGAUGUGAUGUCACAGUUACCGGACAGUCCCCGAUGUGAUGUCACAGUUACCGGACAGUCCCCGAUGUGAUGUCACAGUUACCGGACAGUCCCCGAUGUGAUGUCACAGUUACCGGACAGUCCCCGAUGUGAUGUCACAGUUACCGGACAGUCCCCGAUGUGAUGUCACAGUUACCGGACAGUCCCCGAUGUGAUGUCACAGUUACCGGACAGUCCCCGAUGUGAUGUCACAGUUACCGGACAGUCCCUGAUGUGAUGUCACAGCCAGUUACCAGACAGUCCCCGAUGUGAUGUCACAGCCAGUUACCGGACAGUCCCCGAUGUGAUGUCACAGCCAGUUACCGGACAGUCCCCGAUGUGAUGUCACAGCCAGUUA